UUUGAAAAAAAAGUGAACAAAAUAUUUAUUUGUUUUAUUAAUAUAAUGUAAAUAAAAACAGUAACAGUUUUAAUAGUUAAUUGUGUAUAUACUAGUCAAUUUUUGUGUGCAAAAUGAGUGAAUCAAUGGAAUAUGAGUCAGAUACAAGUGUUGCAAGACGCAUGUAUUCUGCUAUUUCAUAUAUGGUUGUUUUAUUUGGAAUUGGUAUUCCAAUGUGGUGGUAUACAACACAACUGUAUCGCAUGGCUUUACCCGAUACACGUAUGCAAAAUUUAGGUACAGCACCUUUACAAAUACAGAUGAAUAUACAUUUGGCUACUACAUCAGUCAACUUUAAACAAUUAAUUAUUAAUGAAAUUAACGAACAUUUUAAAAAUUCAGAUAUAAUUAAUGUUAAUAUUCAUGAAAUUAAAGUAAAUAAGGAAUGGUUACCGACGAAUAUUGAAAAUGUUAAUGAUAUAGCAUCAACAAUUGAAAAUCAUUUUAUAAUUAAUACUGGCGAUAUUAUGUUGAUCGAAUGGCCUAAUUCACCACAUGAAAUUGUGGUUACAUCAAAUCGAAUUAUUUAUUUUAACACAGAAACAACUGGCCCUAGGUUAAUUAAAGUUCUAAGUAAAUGGAUACUCCAAGAGGAUACAUUAAAUCAUAUGAUGGAAAAUAUGAAACAACCUACUUUACAAAAGCAAGAUUCAAUAGUACGUAAACGAGUAUCGGCUGCCGAUCAAUAUGAUGUUUUAGUUACUGUUGUUAAUCCAGAUCCUGAAUGGACUAAAGUUAAUUGGAAUGUUAAAGACGUUGCAAUACAAUAUUUGACACCAUUCUUUCAAUCAAUUAGUCACAUAUCAAAUGUUACAUUAAAAUCACAAUGGUUAUAUUACGUAUCAAUAAGUGAUAAAUUAGAGAAACAUGCUAUUGUUGAUAAAAAUGGUUUAACAAACGAAUGGAAUAAUAAAAGAUUUACAUUAAAUGAGCAACAAUUACCAUAUUUAAUUACAAUGUUUGAAACGAAAUUGGCAUCACAUGUUUCAAAAAAUCCAUGUUUAAAUUUAAUUGUUUAUAUCAACGAUUGUAAACAUGCUCCAUUACAAUUUUAUAAUCCAAAAGGUAAUCGAUACAAUGGUCCUAAUGCGUUUAUGUCACCCCGUUGGGGUGGUGUAAUAUUUAUAAAUCCUGAGGCAAAUGAAUGUAAAAAAAGUCUUGAAAAUCAAACAAAAAUAAAUGUUACACCAGACUCACAAUAUAUUAUGAGUAUUUUUAUUACACAAUUACGUCAAUUAUUGGGUAUACCAGAACUGGAAAAUAUUAAUGGUGUGCAUAUAAUACCCAUCACAAGUUCAACACCAAGACAAUGGGAAUUGGAUGCUUUAAUGCGAUUACGUACAUUUGAACAAAUUUUAUCGGCACGAUUAACUUUAAAAUCAUUAGCACAAUUAUUGACUGAAAUUACUACAAUUGUUAUUAAUGAUGAGGUUGGUGCUUCAAUUCAUUCCGCUGUGGAUAAUGCAGAAAUAGCUGCUGAAUAUUUAUCAAACAAUGAUCUUCAUAACGCAUUUAUAAAAUCACGUAUGGCAUUCCUAUCUUCAGAAGCUGCAUUUUAUGAUCCCAGUUUGUUGGCAUUACUCUAUUUUCCAGAUGAUCAGAAGUAUGCAAUUUACAUUCCACUAUUUUUACCGAUUAUGAUUCCAGUGAUCAUUUCUUUGAAUACAAUACGUGCAUGGCUAGUUUCCAAACCAAAUAAAGCAACGAAAACUGAUUAAAAUAGCAAAUUUUUUGUAAAUAUUUUGUUCCAUUUUGUAUUACUUUUGAAUUAAUUGAUUCAUUAAAUUUUUGUAAUUUAUUUACAA